AGUCUUUGUGUGUUGACAAUAUGUCAAGUGGACAGAAGCUGUCUGGGCCUGGUAGCAAAGACCAUUUGGAAUCAAAAAGAACCCCUUCACUUUCUACAUCCCAGCCAGCAGAUCCCAAGCCUUCCAGCUCGCUUCUCACUGAAGAAAAUGUUAAGAAACUGCAAGAGAAGGAUUCCGCUUCUAAAUCUGCCCUUGCUAGAGAGUCAAUAGAAGCGUACAUUACGCAGAGCAAUCUCUUUUUGAAUAAGAGCGAAGCCAGUACAAGUCGGAGCAAGGAGCAAAGUCUGUCCGAUGAAAAAGUAUCAAAGGCAGGUUCUGUUGUUAUCCAUGUAGAGGACGCAUGCGAAGAUGUCUCAGAAAACAUUGAAAAAUCCUCAAAAAAAGGAUUAACUUUGUUUUUCAUCUUUGUAUAUUUACCCCCUUCAAAAAUAUUUCCGAUGCGUUUGCUUGGAAACUUCAAAGAGAGUUCUGAAGAUUACGAGUCGGAUAUUGAGGAUCAUUCUGAAACCGAUCUUUGCCAUCUUGGUUGCUGUGAGUUUUGCGCCGCGGCACUGAAGCCUUUACCAACAGCAGACUACCUGGACGAGAAGCCAGAGAAAAUGGAAGGUCUUAUCUGUUGCAGGACAUAUAAGGAAAUUUUCCAAUGUGUAGUUCAGGAGCUCACAGAAAACACCACCGAAGAAAGUACAAUCGACAUCACUCCUCACCAACACCCAUCGGAUGGUUCUUGGGGGGAGAACAAGACUAAAAGGACACUGAUGAAAGAGAUUGAAGACAAAGGGGGCAUUGAACAGUACAGGGAUGUCUUUGAGCAAUAUAUAAAGUAUGGGCCAUGUAUAAAACAUGGAUUCAAAUUAUCAGAUCACCCACCCAAACCCAAAAAAGCCCGUAAGAAAGCUCCAGAGCCCAAGGAAAUACUGACUUUAGAUUUGGAGUUCAAAGCUGAACAGUUAAAGAUUUGCCAUUCUACCAAGCCUGUGAAAAGAUAUUAUUCUGAUGGAAAGAUAUUCUAUAUUUUUUUCCCAGAUGGGACCGGCCAAGUUUAUUACCCAUCCGGUAAUGUUGCUAUCCUCAUUAGCUACGUAAAAGAAUUUCAGUUCACCUACAUCGUUCUACAGGACAACCUAUCAUAUGAAAUGCAGGCCUGCUUUGCAAACCAGGGCUUUGCAGUAUGCUACCACCGUAACGGGAAGAUCUGGUUGAAUCUAGACCUCUGCCUCGGCUCGUACUUCGAUCGGAAGGGAGUUAGGAAGAAACACUGGAAUUGGUGGGACAGGAACAGCCACAUUCAUGCACCUCCUUUCCAGCCAAUCUACCUUCAAUUGAAUGUUUACAUCCAGGUUAAAAUCGAAGCCCAGGACCAGAUUUUCCUAACGUUUACUAAUAAUCACGACUGCCUUCAGCUGAAUGUGGGUGCAAAGCUGAAACCGAAAGAUCCAGACAUGCUGAAGUUUCUCCAGACACCCGCAUCCUCUGGACAGCUAGUUUGCUCCGAGAUUCUACUGAUAAGAAGGCACUUAGCCAGCAUGCAGAAUCUACUGAAAGAGCUGUGUCUCGUUCCACCUGAAGAAAUCAAAGACUUCUAUUUCCUCGUAUCAGACAUGUAUGACCAUGUACAUCGCCGACAGAAAAUGAGAAUUCGAUCUAUGCAAAGAUGAGUGCAUACCUGUUAUUUAGGCACAGCUACUGAGAUACUUCCAUGUUAAAACAAGUAAACUUGUCUUCAGUCAUUGUAAGUUUACCCUGUUGGCUGUAGUGUGCACCAAGUUCUGUACAAAACACAUCUGAGAUUGUGAAAACAUGUACAAGUUGCAUAACCCAUUCAACUGUUUGUGUAAU